AUGGAUGAAACAAUAUACACAAACGUCGAAGCAGGCUCCAUUCCCGUCUUCCGUUUCAAUCAUCUGCGUCAACAGGAGAAGUUGAUGGAUAUUGUAAUAGUCACGAAGGAAGGGCACGAGAUAGCCGCCCAUCGCCUUGUCUUAUGCACCCGAUUCCCCCUUAUUAGGGACAAAAUCCUCAGUAAUGAAAGCAUCCGUAUUGAAUGGAAGAGGUUCCCUACAAAAAUAACAUUAGACAAUUUGGAGGAAAUGUGGUUCAUUGCAAACGCAACUGUAAACAAAGAUCUCAUAGAUGAAUGUGUGCCACUAAUUGCGGUCAUCUUUGAAGGCCUUAGUGACAGUAGAGUGUUUCUCCAUCACACUGAAGUUGUAGGCCUCACAGCACUGUUGAAUGCCCUACGACUCAGUAGUGUCACCGAAGAGACAAAAUUGCGAGCAAUUGCCACAUGGCUUGAUGCACCAAUCCUCCUGGCCGAUCGACGUGCUCGUGCCAGCUCCUUCGAGCACGUCCUAUCAACGGUGGAUUUAAAAAGGCUAUCUGAUACCCUGAUCGUUGGAAUCACCUCAGGCAAAUCAGAUAUCAAAUUCUCAGAGGAGUGCAGCGUUGUGGAAAGUAUCUUCUUCCACGCUUGGGACGAAGAAUCUGCCUAUGGCAUUUUGGCAUCGCUGCCGCAACUGCAGGAUGUUGGCAAUACUCGAUACUGCGCGCCGUAUCGGAGGAAUUGCUCUGUUGCUGUCUUGAAAGAUAAUGUGUACAUAAUCGGUGGGAAGGACGACGGUGGUAAAUCGGUUUCCCAGGUGGAAAAGGUGAAUUUGUGCAACGGCCAGAUUUACAGCAUAACACCAAUGUCAAGUUCGCGAAGUGGGGCCUCUGCUGUAGCAAGUGAGCGCUGCAUCUUUGUCUUCGGAGGGUACGACAAAACACGCAAUAUCAUCUUGUCCUCCUGCGAGGAAUACGAUCCCAUCAUUGGCAGGCAAGCUGAAUGUCACGGUGUGCAGCGCACUUUUGGAUGGACUGCACUGCCCAACAUGCCAACGGCUAGAUACGCAAGUGGAGCUAUCUACAUUCCCAACGUUGGCGAACUAGUCGUUGGUGGUUAUGAAGGAAUAGGUAAAUCAGCUUCAGAUCUGCAUACUGCAGAGCUGCUCCUCAAUGGUGAGCCGGGCAGUGAAGGUGACCGGAUAUGGUGCACAAUCACUCCAAUGCUACAAUCACGGUGCUGGCCCACAGGGGUUUAUUUCGAUGGCAGAGUGUUUGUUGCCAGGGGUGGUGAUGACAGUGUCGAGGCUCUCACACUUUCCUCUGGCCAUUGGACCCUUAUUUCCAGAUGCUUUGUAGUCGAUUCUUACCCAUUUUCAAUGACCGUUUUCAGUGGGCGACUUUUGCUUGCAGCGGACAAUGGAACCAUAUAUGAGCUGAGGGAGUCUACUGACAGCAAAGGACUGCAGCUGCCUGAAUUUGUUUGGAAUCCGAUUUGCAAACUGAAUAACGUCUCUCACGUGACGCUUAUUUCCAGUAGCCCCACUAAAGGUCCUGCCUAA